CAUGUGCGUGAGAUUGAUUUCCUGAAGAGGACGUCGAACGUACUUAAGAAUUCUGUUUCUCGUGACGCAAUUUCAAGGAAAAAUUGGACUUUGUGAGGGUGGAGCAGCCGCAAAUAGUUGCUGUCCGGCCUGUUUCAACGUAGGAAAAGGAUUUUUGUUUGUAGGGGGUAACUUUCAGUGCGGCAUAUGCUAGCACGACAGCUAGUUUACAAACUGCCAGCAGCUAAACGAACCUCUGUUAGCAUCUCCGCGUGCCACUUUGUGACAAUGGCGACGUGCAAGAUGAAGUCACCAAACAAGCUUCGAGCCAUGAAGAAGGGAAGACGGGAGGAGAGCAGACUUUGGUCUCCUCCUUCAAGCAGAUGAAGCUGGAGAGAGACGCGCAGAGAAACUGGGACUUGUUCUACAAAAGGAACACCACGAAUUUCUUCAAGGACCGACACUGGACCAGCAGAGAAUUCGAGGAGCUCAAGACGUGUAGGCAGUCUGACUCAGAGAGGCUCGUCCUGCUGGAGGCGGGAUGUGGCGUGGGCAAUUGCAUCUUCCCUCUGCUGGAGGACCAGGACAACAUCUUCGUCUACGCCUGCGACUUCUCGCCCAGAGCGGUCGACUUUGUUAAAAAGAACCCUCUGUACCGUGCAGACCGCUGCUCCGUAUUCCAGUGCGACCUAACCCGCGACGACCUGCGGCACGACGUCCCCGAGGGAAGCGUGGACGCGGCCACGCUCAUCUUCGUGCUGUCCGCCAUCCAUCCCAACAAGAUGGCGCUGGUCGUGCGCAACGUCCACCGGGUGCUGAAACCCGGCGGCGCCGUUCUCUUCCGAGACUACGGCGUGCACGAUCACGCCAUGCGGAGGUUCAAAGCCAGCAGCAAGCUGGCAGAUAACUUCUACGUGCGGCAGGACGGAACCAGAUCCUACUUCUUCUCCAAAGAUUUUCUGGCGGCGCUCUUCCUGGAGGCGGGCUUCUGCUGCGUCGUCAACGAGUACGUCCAGAGGGAGACGGUCAACAAGAAAGAAGGACUUUGCGUUGCCAGAAUCUUCUUGCAGAGCAAAUUCAUCAAAUUGCAAUUAUGACGUCGAAAGACUCACAGAGAAAGACGAGGAAUGGUCUGAACGUUCCAGAACACACCGGUUGACUUUUAAUGUUAUAUAGUUGUUUAUAUUUCACAGAGCACAUGGUUAAUCAUCCAUCCAAUUUCUUAGCCGCUUAUCCUCACAAGUGUCACAGGAGUGCUGGAGUACGCCCUGAACUGGUUGCCAGCCAUUCGCAGGGCGCAUAGAGACAAACAUCCGCACUCACAAUCACACCUAGGCGUAAUUUAGAGUGUCCAAUUAAUGUUGCAUGUUUUUGGGAUGUGGGAGGAAACCGGAGUGCCCGGACAAAACCUACGCAGUCACGGGGAGAACAUAGGGUGGGCUGGUAUCGAACCCUGUUCCUCAGAACUGUGAGGCCAACACUUUCCAGGUGCCCCACUGUGCCGCCUGGUCAAUAAUCUCUGGUUAUUUUCCACUUUGUUUUGGAAAGUAUCAGUCAUUGGUCCAAUUUUUCAAGCGACCUACGUGAUGUGAGUUGUGAACUGCAGAUGACACGCCGUGGCGACCCUCAUUGGGACAAGCCGAAAGAAAAAUGAACGACUUUAACAAAUAGCGUUAUUGGGUAAAAUGUAUACGGAAAAACCCUAAAUGUGAUUUAUUUUACUUCAGAAAGUUGAAUAAAUGGGUCAAAUACAA